CAUAAAAGGGAAGGCAAGGUCACCUUCAAUGACAGAAACUCUCGAACUCGUGAACGUGUCAGUUCAUUCAUCCCAUCGGCAUCUCCUAGACGCUAAUCUUGGCAGGGUUGAUAACUCGGGCUUUCUUGCAAAAAGUUGUAGCUGAUACAAGAUAAAAUGAGUACAUUAAAAGAGAAAUUAUUGAGUGUUGUGGCAGAGCCGAUAACAACAGGAAAGAACAAAAUUACAGUCGUUGGAGUUGGGCAGGUUGGAAUGGCCUGUGCCUUCAGCAUUUUGACAAAUAAUGUUUCCAAUGAAGUCGUCCUCAUUGAUGUCAUGGCGGAUAAGUUGAAGGGUGAAAUGAUGGAUCUCCAGCAUGGCAGCUCCUUUUUGAAUAACGCACGUAUCAAUGCUAGCACUGAUUAUGCAGCUACAGCAAAUUCCAGUUUAUGUGUGAUAACAGCUGGUGCACGACAGCGCGAGGGUGAGACCCGCCUUGAUCUGGUGCAAAGAAAUACAGACAUUUUCAAGGGAAUAAUUCCACAAUUGGUCAAGUUCAGUCCCAAUGCUAUUCUUCUGGUUGUAUCGAAUCCUGUCGACAUCUUGACAUACGUGGCGUGGAAAUUGUCUGGAUUUCCUAAAAAUCGAGUCAUCGGAAGUGGAACGAAUCUCGAUUCUGCAAGAUUUAGAUUUUUGCUGUCCCAAAAAUUGAAUGUGGCACCCACUUCCUGUCACGGAUGGAUCAUCGGAGAGCAUGGAGACACCAGUGUUCCUGUCUGGUCUGGAGUUAAUGUUGCCGGUGUUCGCCUGCGAGAUCUGGAUGAGAAUGUGGGGACUGAGAAAGACUCUGAGAAUUUUGGGGACAUCCACAAGCAAGUGGUACAGAGUGCCUACAAAGUUAUUCAGUUGAAAGGCUACACUUCGUGGGCUAUUGGCCUCAGUAUUUCUAAUCUUGCAUCGGCUAUACUCAGAAAUUCUGGACAGGUUCAUGCUGUGUCCACAAUGUGCAAUGGUCUUCAUGGCAUAUCGGAAGAAGUUUUUCUCUCAGUUCCGUGUGUUCUUGGCGAAAGUGGUGUAACAUGCAUUGUUCAACAGAAACUCACUCAAAAAGAACAAGAUCUCCUGAAAAAAUCAGCCGUUGCGAUGCACGACGUCCAAACAGGACUCAAAUUUUGAUUUUAAAUAAUUUAUCAUUCUUGUGUGUUAGAAAAAAUAUGUUUGUGGCCUGGUGCUUCUGCAUUUCAAUUUUCCGGUGAGGAUAUUCACCAUAUCAGUAUUUUCAACGAUUUGUAUUUUGAAAAUAAUGAAUAUAUUUAUGUGUGCAUUUUCUUUCUACUUUGUCGAAGUAUUUCAUUUGAAAUGAAUAUAUGUGUUUUAUAAGUAUAAAAGUGCACAGGCGACUGAAAUAAUGAAAAUUAUCUCAUGUACCCGAUGCCAUGUGCACCAAAUACUUAUUCGUGAAUAUUAAAUCUAUUUAUUGUAAA